AUGAGUGAGAAAAACAAACAGGGCUCCGGGACCUCCAGCUCCGCUGCCACCACCCCAUCCGUGUCCACCCCUGUCACCGGCCACAAGCGGAUGAUCAUUCCCAACCAACCUCCCCUCACUGCCACCAAGAAGUCCACUGCCAAGGGGCCUGGCCAGCCGGCACCCAUCCCAGUCACUCCCAUUGGCACCCUGAAGCCUCAGCCGGUUCCGGCCUCCUACACCACAGCCUCCACACCCAGCCGCCCAACCUUCAACGUCCAAGUGAGGACGGCACAACCCAGCCCUCACUACCAGCCGCCCGGCCCGCAGCCCACACACUAUGGUAGCCUGGGGCCCGGCCAGCCCUAUGCAGCCCCACCGGCCCGCCCACCCGGUGCCCAGCAGUAUGGCUCACCACAGCACCGUGGGCCUGACUAUGGUUAUGCCCCACCGCCUGCCCGUCCUUCAGAGCCCAGCUAUGGCUAUGCACCUCAGCAAAGCCGCUACCAGGACCCGUAUUACAGCGGAUAUGGAGGGAGGAAUGGCUCUGAAGCACCCUACAUGCCACAGAGCAGCUGGAAGGUUGAGCCAGCGUAUCCCAGCAGUAACACCGUGGGCCAAGCUCCUCCUGGGCUGUACCAACCUCCUGGCACGAAGAAGACCUACAUCACGGACCCAGUGCUGGCCCCGCAGCCACUGCAGCAAAAGGUAGGAGAUGUCAGUGCUCAUUGGUCACCCUUAUACAGAGAAAUUGGUGAGGUGCUGGCACGGGCUGUCCAGGGAAGCUGUGGAUGCUCCAUUCCUGGAGGUGCUCAAGGCAAGGCUG